AACUGGCCUUGUAUACUCGAACAUAGGACCGAUCUGAGAAAGCUGCUCACAGACUGGAAUUAUUCCUUAUGUCUCGACGACAAAAUGCUGAAACUUGGAAGGUGAAGAAACGGUGAUUGACUAGAAGGACAAACAAUAACCUGCCGAUGGCUUUACUGCUGGACUCGGUGUGGCUGCUGUUGGCCUUCGCUGUGGUUUAUAACCCAGCGUCCGCCGGCACCUGUUCAACGCAGGAGUUUAGUUGCGCUAACGGGGUUUGUGUGACUGAGAGCUGCGUGUGCGACUUCACCGACGACUGUGGAGAUGGCAGCGACGAAAGGAACUGUUCUACAUAUCACAGGUGUGACUUUGAGGAGAGUUUCUGUGACCUGAUCCAAAGCUCAGAGACGCUCUCCACAUGGACCAGAUCCACCGAGGUCGCAGGACUCAAACACGACCACACAAACAAGACGUCAGUGCAUUUUCUGUCCCUCUCACCCGUCAGAGGAAGCAAAACCACAGCCGACCUGAACAGUCCCGUCCUCCAGCCCAGUGAGACAUGCCAGAUGAGUUUCUACCAUUAUGUUGGGACAACACAUGGAGAUCUUCAGGUCCUGGUUCGGGUUCAUCCGACAGGUCCGAGCACAGAGGUGUGGAAACGCUCCACACACCAGCAGGAGGACACAUGGCUCAAGACGGUGGUUCAGUUGUCCAGCAAUCACAGCUUUCAGGUGGUGAUUCGAGGGGAACUUUCAGCUGACAGCGAAGCCUCCGAGUUCCUGGCCGUCGAUGACUUAUCCCUCGGCCCCGGCUGCGUGACUGCGUCUGAGAGCAGUGUUUCCCCUCCACCUGCCUGCCCUCCCUCGUGGUUUGCCUGUGGAAAUGGGGAGUGCGUUGAGGAGAGCAAAGUGUGCGACUUCACCCCACAUUGUCCACAUGGAGAGGACGAAGCCAGCUGCCCCUCCGAGUGCGACUUUGAAGCUGGUGCUUGUGGCUGGUACGAGCUCACCCUCGGCGACGGCUUUGACUGGGUCAGGGGCUCAUCCGCCGAGGUGCCUCCAGAGUAUUACGGCCGCCCGCCACCACUGGACCACUCCACUAACAGCACUGAAGGUCAGUUUAUGUUUAUAUUUAAGAACAGCAGCAGCCUUUAUCCGACAGCCGUUCUCCGAGGACCCUGGUUCAAGCAGUCUGCCUCUGGCUGCACCAUGACUUUCUGGCAUUAUAACUCGGGCAUAUCUGUGGGCGCCGCCGACAUGAACCUCCGGAUCAAUGGAGAUCACAACAACACUGUCAUAUGGAGAGCGCUGUAUGAUCAAGGAACCCGCUGGAUCAAGGUCACCGUGCAGCUCGGGCGCAUCACUCAGCCCUUCCAGAUCAGCCUGGCUAAGAUCAGCCUGGGCGUGUUCGACGGCUUCUCCGCUUUGGACGAUGUCACCUUCAAGAACUGCUCGAUGCCCCCAGCGGUGGCGCAGUGUCCCACGCACACGCACUUCCACUGCGUCCACACGAAGGCGUGCGUGGAGCACCUGCAGCUCUGUGACCUUGUGGACGACUGCGGGGACGGGUCGGACGAGGAGGGGUGUUCUCCAGAGCUCCAGUGUAACUUUGAACACGGCCUGUGCAGCUGGAAGCAGGAGCAGAGCGGAGGAGACGUGUUCGACUGGACGCGCAUCCAGGGCCCGACUCCGUCCUUUAACACGGGCCCCUGGAAGGACCACACGCUGGGCACCAGACACGGCCACUACCUCUACAUCGAGUCCUCGGAGCCGCAGGAGUUCAAGGACACGGCCGUGCUGCUGAGCCGGCUCUUCCAACCCACCCACCUGCGUGACAAGGAUCCGUCCAAGUCCCGCCACUACUGCGUCUUCCGCUUCCAUUACCACAUGUUCGGAUCGCACAUAUUCCGCCUGGCUGUGUACAUGAGGACCACUGCCGUGGGCCGCGGUCACAUGCUGUGGGUUCGAUACGGAGACCAAGGAAACCUGUGGCACAGGAAGACCCUCUACCUCAACAGUGCUCGGCCUUUUCAGAUUUUAGUUGAAGGUACAGUUGGAGACGAUCUUAAUGGAGACAUUGCCAUCGAUGACCUUUCUUUCUUGGACUGUGACCCAUAUGAAGGAGAGCUCCCAACAGCAAACACCACCACACCUGUAGUGACCACCGCAGCACCCACAAUUCAGCCUCACAUCUGCCCAGAAGGAGAGUUUGCGUGUGGGGCACAUAAGGAGUGUGUUCCCUUGGGUCAAGUGUGCGACUUCAGACACGAUUGCUCUGAUGGAUCAGAUGAAGACAACUGCGUGAAGGAAAGGUGCGAUUUUGAAGAAGGGGACACUUGUGGCUGGAUGACUCUCAACCCCUCUGUGAUCUCAGCCCAUUCAUUUUGUUGGGCGCCUGAUCAAGGGGAAACCAUUCAUCUCGGAGAGCAGUACCAUCGUCCCGUCAACGACCACACCCUUAACAGUGCUGAGGGUUGGUACAUGUGUGCGGACAGUUCAAAUGGCGGCUACGGUCAAUUCACCGACCUCCAAACGCCUGUCAUCUCCUCCACCGGGCCACAGUGCACCCUGAUCUUCUGGUACCACAUGGGCGGAUUCACCGUGGGAUCGCUGCAGGUGCUACUGAAGUACGACAACGUCACUCACGAGGUUUGGGCUCAGAUUGGUAACCAAGGCAACAAGUGGAGACGAGGCGAAGUGUUUUUGGGGUUGCUGAAUAAUUUCCAGGUGGUGUUCAGAGCCAAACGGGGGAUCAGCUACAUGGGUGACGUGGUGAUAGACGACGUCAGUUUCCUGGAUUGCGCCCCUCCUCUUCCCUCAGACCAGCCGUGCACACCUGAGCAGUACGCCUGUGCGAACGGCUACUGCAUCCCCCUGGACAACCUGUGUGACUUCAUCAACCACUGCGGGGACAACUCGGACGAGAACCCUUACAUCUGCAAGGGUUAUAGCGGACGCUGCAGUUUUGAGUUUGACCUCUGUUCCUGGCGACAGUGCCGAGAGGAUGAUUUCGAUUGGCUGAUCAAAGCCGGCAGCACUCCGACACUUGGAACGGGGCCGUCCACUGACCACACCCUGAGAGAUCCCUCUGGUCACUACCUGUACCUGGAGAGCUCUUUCCCUCAGGCAUUUGGCGACACCGCCCGUGUAACAGGACCCCUACUGAGCAGCAGGAGCUCACAAUGCAAGAUGAAUUUCUACUAUCACAUGUCUGGAGACGGCGUGGGGACGCUCGCUGUGUUCAGUAAAAGCGAGGGACAUCUCCAUCUCCUCCUGAACCUGACGGGAGAUCAGGGCAACUACUGGCAGAUGAAGGAAAUCCCGCUGAGCGGCUCCAGAGACUUCCAGGUCAUGUUCGAGGGCAAGGUGGGCCGGAGUUCAAAAGGCGACAUCUGCUUGGACGAUAUCACCUUCUCUCCGGGGUGUCUGCUCGUUACGUCAGAUAGCUUACCGGACAACACUCCUACGCCUCCUCCAGGGUCCUGUCCCUCCGGCUUCCUGCCUUGUGAAAAUGGCAGAUGUUUCACUCCGGGGCAGGGCUGCGACUUCACAGACGAUUGUGGCGAUGGCACCGAUGAAAAGGACUGCGGGACGUCCUGCUCCUUUGAGGACGGCCGCUGCGGCUGGAAGAGCUCCCUGGCUGAUAAUUUCGACUGGACGCUGGGGACCGGAUCCGUCCAAAGCAUACGGCCUCCGUUUGAUCACACCCUGAUGGAUGAGAAUGGUCAUUUUGUCUACCUGGAGGCUACGCCGGUGGGCCUGAAAGGUGAUAAAGCUCAUAUUAGGAGCUCCGUCUGGAAAGAGUCCAGCGCCAUCUGCAAGCUCUCCUUCUGGUACUACAUUUCCCGUAAGGCCUCAGGAACCAUCCGGCUCCUGAUCAAGACAGACAGCGAUUUGUUGGAGGUUUGGAAUAAAACGGGGCAUCAAGGGAACAACUGGAACCGAGCAGAGGUCCCCCUGAGGAAGCUCAGGAACUUUGAAGUGAUCUUUGAAGGGAUCCGGUCCAGGGACGUGAGCGGAGGAGCUGCCCUGGAUGACCUGGAGUACAUAGACUGUGCCCCAAGUGCUGCGGAGGUCGUUAGCUGCCCUGCAGUCACGGACUUUGUGUGUCGCUGCGGUCAGUGUAUCGAGUCCCACCUGGUGUGCGACAGCAAGGCCGACUGUGCUGAUGAAUCUGAUGAAAUAGACUGCGACCACAUGAUUGCCUCUCCAGGUGCUUGUACUUUCAACAUGGAGGAGGACCAGUGGGAAGAGCGCUGCCAGCUUUCUCAAGACCUUGACGAUGACUUUGACUGGCGGAUCAGUCACAAGACCGAGACACCGGGAGCCGGACCUCAAACUGACCACAGUCCAGGUGGCGGGGGGAACUUCCUGUACGCACACUCGGCCACUCAGAGGGAGGGGGACGUUGCCGGGGUGACGACCAGGCGGCCGUUUCCUGCCAGCAUCGGCCUGUGUCACCUGCGCUUCUGGUUCUUCAUGCACGGCUCGGAGAGGAUGGGGACGCUGAAGGUCUACACAGUUGGACCCAGCGGUACCCGUCUAUUGAUGUGGGCAGCCACCGGGAACCACGGCAACCAGUGGACGUACGCCAGCGUCAUCCUGUCCAACCCGGCGCCGUUCAGAGUGACGUUCCAGGCGGAGGUGGGCGGAGACAUGUGGACGGACAUCGCGGUGGACGACAUCUCCUACACCCCAGAGUGUUUGGUUGGAGAACCCGUGACCCCAAAGCCUCUGACCUGCGGCGCAGACAUGUUCCAGUGUGCCUACUCCUUCCAGUGCAUCCCGAGGAGCUGGAAGUGCGACGGAGAGCCGGACUGCGCCGAUCACUCUGACGAAGAGCAGUGUCCGACCAUGGUGCCUGGCACUCUCCCUCCUCAAGGCCUCUGUCUCAGCGGCUACUAUCAGUGCUCAAACAAUCAGUGCGUCGCCUCCAUACUGCGCUGCGACGGAGUCUUCGACUGCCCCGAUGGAGAGGACGAGUACGGCUGCCCUCUGCUGCAGUGUAAGCCGGGAGAACUGGUGUGUGAAAGUGAAAGUUCGUCUGGUUGUGUCCCACUUCAGAAGCGCUGUGACGGCAUUGCCGAUUGUCUGCCUUUCCUCUCAGAUGAGUCCAGCUGCCUUGAUUGUCCUCCGACGUUUUGUCUGGAUCGCGGCUCCUGCCUCAUAGAAACCGGCGGGCCUGUUUGCACCUGCAAUCCGGGAUGGACAGGAAACCGUUGCCAGGUGAGGGAGAAACCGUCCCCAUGCACCCCGUCCCCGACACCAGAGGACCAAAAUCUGGAUGCUGUAUAUGUUGGCAUCGCCAUCGGGCUGCUGCUGCUCGUAGCUGGAGUCGCUGUGUGUGUUCUGGCUGCAUACAAAGAAAAGUGCCACUCAGUAAAGCCUGACCCGAUGAACUACGGGGGGAUGGAUAACCCGGACGGUGACUGGGGAGCAGAGCUUCCCUCCACGGAUGAAAGGCAGGGCAGUUUUCCCAGCAUUACGCCCCGGAGGAGUGAUGGUCGUGGGCUUUCUAUCAGUGUCUACCCCUGGAGGAAAGAGAGGGAGAGUUCAAGGAGGAAAGAUGCCAAGCUGUCCUUCUCUAACCCAAUGUACAAUUACCCUCCUAAUGCUAAUGGUGCCAACGCCAAAAGCUUUGAGGCAUAAACUUGAUGGACUUGCUAGCUAGCACUGUACGAAACAGGAAACAGUCGGAAUGACCCGCAGUAAUGAACCAACCAGCCCUGGAGUCAAGCCAGGUACUUUUAGACCAUUUAGCCAUCAGACGAAUGGACUUUUAAGAAGGACUUUUAAGAAUCGACACGACAUGCGAUCUGGAUCAAACUGUGUGUGUACACUACGACCUUAUUACAUCUCAGGUGAAAGCAGUAUUUUAAUGUCUGUACUUGUUAAUAGCAACAUUUUUAAUUUACUUGUGGCCGAUUUAGUGUUAAAAUUGAACUUGCAAUAUGUUUACCAGUUGUUAAAUUCACAAUAAAUACUAGUAAUCUGAGUCCAGGAACACUUGUGUAGAUUCAUCUGCAGAGGCUCUGAUCUGUGCACUGUGCUGCUUUGUUGCUGAGACUUACAUAGAUGAGAUGAUCGAUACCACUCUCAUAUUUGUCUGGUAAAUAUACGACUGCAGGCUCAACUGCUUAGCUUAGCAUAAAGACUGGAAAAUUGUUAGAGUGGCUCGGUCCAGAGGCGACAUGUGACUGCUGUUAACUCACUAAUUAACAUCUGUUAUAUCUGCAGUAAUUCUACAUGAGCAUGCUACAGGCUGUAGCUCGUAUUUACUGCACAGAUAUGUGUCUGAUAUUUAAUCAUUUAAAUAUUGACUAUGAAUUAAAACGGGUCAAAUUUCACUAUUAAACCUAUUUAAAGAGGGGCAUUAGUACAAAUCCACUGGACGCAUAACACAGCCAGUGUAGCCAGUGUUUUUUUAAUUAAGUGCUACAUCAUUAAUUUUCUAAAGAAUUGUUGAAGAACUGUGCUGGCAAAAGCAGAAAACAUCAAGUACCGUGAAUGGAAAUGCUGAACACACAGAACCUUUACACAGACCUCAUUAGUAAUCCCUCACAAGUGCAGAUAAAAUAGUUUGCCUCUGUUUUAUUUGCAAAUUAAAAUCCAUUACAAGUGC